AUGGGCAAGCCCCCAGCAUACCUUUUUGUUGUGAGGCACGGAUUGCGCCUCGAUGUAGCUGACAAGAACUGGCAUCUCACAUCGCCGACUCCCUACGACCCUCCUCUUACAUACAGUGGCUGGAACCAAGCCAAAAACCUCGGAGCUCGGAUAGGGAACAUUAUCCGAGAGAGAGUCAAGGAGGACGAGACAGCUGCCAAAGCCGCAGGGCAAACCAAUCCCACGGCAAAACCGAAGCGCAAACGGUACGAAGUCGUCAUCCAUAGCUCCCCGUUUCUGCGAUGCAUCCAGACCUCCGUUGCCAUCAGUGCCGGUUUGGCACAAGACUCGGCCCCAUUCGGACCCUCUACGGGCGGCGAUAACAAAGAGCUUUCGGGUAGCUUUGCCCAUAGUCACCGAGCAAGGCCAUCAACCGCGUCCGAUCCUGGCAAUGGCCCGGCACCUCUGAAGAUAGUCCAAGGGCCAGUCAUCCGCAAGUCUGUCCUCCGGCUGGACGCUUUUCUGGGCGAGUGGCUGUCUCCUGGCUACUACGAGUUCAUCAGCCCACCUCCCGAGUCUGUCAUGAUGCUUGCAAGCGCCAAGGCAGAUCUCCUCAGACGCGAAGAUUACAGCAGCUACCCUAACUUCAACGCUUACAAUCACUCAAACCUCCAAGGGCAGCUUUGGAGCCCGACUGCGGUGCGCACGCACAGCCCUCUUUCCCCUACAAUUAGCUCUGUUGAUCCUCUGGAAAAGGAUGACCUUUCCAGUGUGGCCAGUUCUCUACCUAGGAGUGAGAGCGCUAGUAGCCAGAGCACAUGUCAGUCCCAGCCCGACUCUAUCGUGCAGUCGGCUACUCAACCAUUUCCAGCCAUGGGCUAUGUUCCUCCAGUUCCGCAUUAUGCAGUCAACAACAACAACACAAUCCCUCUGGGCUACGUCGCACAUGCUCGGGAUGCGUGCUGUGAUAUUGACUACCAAUGGGAUUCGAUGCGGGCUCCUCUGAACUGGGGCGACGGGGGUUCCUUCCCAGAGGAAUGGACAUCGAUGCAUAGAAGGUUUGGCGCAGGUAUCCAAAUGCUGGUUGACUGGUAUUCUACGGCCGAGCACCCUACCAAGAUGGUCACCAAGACGGUUUCGCGUUUCGGCCGGCCGGUCCAGGCCCAGGAAUCUGACGACAGUGAGGACGUGGAGACCGAAGCCAUCGUCAUCUUAGUAUCUCAUGGUGCGGGAUGCAAUGCAUUGAUUGGCGCCAUCACCCAUCAACCUGUUCUGGCAGAUGUUGCAAUGGCGUCACUCACAAUGGCUGUGCGGAAGCCGGAUCAGGAACUGCAUGAGAGCAUUGAACGAUGCCAGAAGGAAAAGACGCCUAUCCACCACUACUACGAUCUCAAACUGUUUGCCAAUACAGAUCACCUUCGCACUCCUGGUCAAGCACCCAACCUGUCGCGGUCUACCUCUAUCUCUAUCGCUAGCGUCGCCGCUGCCCGGAACCGCUACACCCACUCCCACUCUAUCUCUACGUCGUCUACAUCGAACUUCUCUUAUCAAGACAUUGUGGAAGGGCGAGGGGGUGUGUCUAACAGCCCCCUGAGCGCCAGUCGCAGAGGUUCUAGCGGCUCCUCCACGACCCCUAGGUUUGUUUUCGGUACCUCCAAUGCCAGCAAUGGAAAUGGAGGCGGUAUCACGGUCGGAAGUGGCGUGUCAUCGUUCGGCUUGAGCAAGCCUUCGAGUCUGUCAACAGGGCUUGGACGUAAGCCGUCUAUGGGACUGUGGUCGCCAACCAGCCUCCGUAACAGUACUGGAUUCGACGAUGACGAUGACGACGACAACAUGGUGUUGAAUUUUGGCACUCCGGCAAACGAUAAACCCUCUACUAUGAAGUCAUGA